GCAGCUGCAGCUCUGCCUGGGAACUUCCGUAUGCUGCGGGAGUGGUCCUAAAAAGAAAAAAAAAAUCUUAAAAAAGGCCACCUCAGGCAAGUGGUAAAGACCCUGCCCUUCCCCCACUCGAGUCUGCCUCUCAACUGUGACCUCAUCGCUGACAUCAUCUGCCCUACGGCUGGCCCUGGAGAAGGGCAGCUGCCAACCCCGUGAGAGCCAGGUGGCUGCAGGGCUACGCUGGGAGGCAGUGUCCACAGGACGUGGGUGACAGGCCAUCACUGGACAUCUACCGGUCCCUGCGCUUGGGGUGCUCAGCGCUUCUAUCUAGGCUUCUUCAGGUCCUAGGGAGCCCGGCCUGCUGUCUGCUCUCCAGGAAAGAUGGCACGGGCUGGGGAAGAAGCCGGGGACAGUCGGCUGGUGUCUGGACGGGAGCCACGAUCACGCAUCAUCAGAGUGUCUGUCAAGAGCCCACAAGACUGCCAGGAAUUCCUGCUGGCAGAAAAUAGCAGCAUCCGCCACUUUAAGAAACAGAUCUCCAACCGCCUUCAGUGUGACGCGGACAGACUGGUGCUCAUCUUCUCCGGAAAGAUCCUCCGGGACCAAGAUCUACUGAGCCAGCGGGGCAUCCUCGAUGGCACGACGGUCCACUUGGUGGUGAGGACCCAUGGGAGAGGGACUCUGCCCGCUCCUGGCACCCUGCUGGGCCCCACCCUCCGCUGCGCUCCCCGUGCCGAACCGUCCACCUGGGAGAGGCUGUGCCGCCUGGCCCGGAGCUCUCCCGACCUGGCCAACUUCCUUGGCCAGCUGGCUCAGCUCCUGACGGCUAUGCCUGAGUCUGCAGGGCAUCUCUUGGAAGACCCUAUGGUCCAAGGCCUGGCAAAUGAGAAACCAGCCAAUGCCGGCCCUGUCCCUGCAUCUUCGAGGCCAGUACAGAAACCGGGGCCAGUUCUGAAGGCCCUGGGAGACCGGCAGAACCUGGCCCAGCAACAGGAACCCCUGCCGGCAGACAGGCAGGGGCUGGAGGCCUUGAAGGCAGUGCCAGGCGGUGACAAUGCCAUGCGCCUGGUCUGCUCUGACAUCCAGCACCUCAUGCUCUCCACUCUGGCCCCACUGGUGGCUUCCAAAGGCCACAGCCCAGGUUCAGAGGCUUGCAGAGGGGGAGCCAGUCCUCACAGCGUUACUAACACCACAACCUCUGCACCUGCCAGGCCGUUGGCACAGGAAGUCAGUACAGGCAUAGCUGCCCAGGCCAGGGGCCUGGUUUCAAACCAGGCCAGUUCGGGAUGCAGGACCGGAGCAUCAGACUUGUACUCGGCCCAGGGGAGCCAGCAGCCCAUCGAGAAAGCCCCUCCCGCCAGUCACCUGAGCCCGCCCCCCACUGCCUUGCGCAGAGCCUUCCACGUCCUGCAGCGGAACCCAGCAUUGCUCCAGCAGCUGGCCCCGGACAGCCCCCUUCGACAUCAGAUGCCACCCCUUCCCAUACUCACCAACCCACGGGCACUGCAGGCCUUGAUACAGAUAGAAAAGGGCCUGCAGAUACUGUCCCAGGAGGUGCCCGGGUUGGGACCUUGUUUAUGGGGUCCAGGCAGGCCACACGGGGCUACAAGCGCUUCUGAACCCAGGGCCGGAGGGCAGGGUCCUAGAGCAGACCCUGUGCAGCCCACCUUGGCCGUUCUUCAGCUCCUCCACGCUCUGGCCAGUGUCUGCUCCCAGUCCACCCUGUCCUCACGCCCCCUCACUGAAGGGCCCUACCAGCAAGAACUGGAGCAUCUGAAGGCCAUGGGUUUUGCCAACCGUGAUGCCAAUCUUCAGGCCCUCAUGGCCACAGGCGGAGACAUCCAUGCCGCCGUUGAGAGGCUGCUGGGGGUACCAGAGGCCUAGGGCCCCCCAGCUGAUGGCCACAAUGCACCACCCCCUGGAGGGCAGGGAGGAGAGGAAGGGGGAGGGGAGGAAGGGGAGGAGCUUAUUUUGGGAAUUCCUCCUGCUCAGAUCACGUGCACCCUCGCAGAGCCGAGCCGCCUCUCACAGCCCAAGCCUGUUCUGCAUUAAAAAAGAUUGCUUGGAUCUUGUGCGUGGUGUCCCUUUGGGGGGCAGGUGGGCAAAGAGAAUGUUGUUUGGUGGGGGGGCGGGGAUCGAUCCUGUUCCAUGGUCUUGGGUCUGGGUUCACCCAUUCUCACACCCAUAAUCUCAGAGUAUUUUCCAAAUGUGAACAAGAGGUAGGGAAAUAGAGUAUUUUUGUUUUGUUUUGUUUUGUUUGUUUUGUAGUAUCUUGAUUCCUGCCCAGUUGGCAGCCCAGUUCCCUAGCAAUUCUUCUAUCAUCACUAGAGCCCACCCCUGGUACAACUCUGGGGUGAAGGAACCCUGGCUUUUGUUGCCCUGGGAAGCCGUGAGUUUCUUUGGAGUCUCAGAAUGCCACUCCCUGCCUGACCAUGUUUUUCUUCUUGAGGUCCAGUCUCUUGAAAUUGCAGAAAAGAUAAGUUUAACUUCCCUUUCAGGGCUCUUCCUUUGCUAGCGACCCAUGCCAGGGUCCUGCUCUUAGGAGGGUGACUUCUGCUACUUCAGAAGCUCCAUCCUUUGCUCCUAUGCAGGCAUUUCUUCAUGCUGCAAAAUGUGGGACUCUGCUGUCUUAUCAGCUACAGAAUUUAAUUUUUCCUUUUGUCUCUGAGUUUCUUUGCAGUGUCUGCCUCCCCUCCCAGGGGCCAUGUUUCACCAUCCCCUGCAGUCGGAGACAUGUCCCCAGUCCAGAGCGGAAGCUUUCUCAAAAUCAUUGCUCAUUCCUAAUCUUCCAAAAUUUUUCUACGGAACUUGAUACACUGACCCCCUUUUUAAAAAAAAACCAUCCGGGACUUCCCAUCGUGGCGCAGUGGUUAACGAA